AUGCCCACCCUGGAUCCCAGUGAGCCUGAGGCGGACCACAGAGCGCCGCCUGUCGUCCGCCGCAGUGCCCUGGGCUGCACCAAACUGCGAGACAGCUGCCACGCCUGUGCCACCUCCAAGAUCAAAUGCCCGAGAGAAAAGCCCUCGUGCUCCAAGUGCAAAGCCCGAGGUAUCGAGUGCCAAUACUUCUUUGCGAGGCGCCCGGGACGUCGGCGCGACGACGGCUCGGGGCACCCGACCAGCUGUACCAGCAAUUUCUCCUCCCCGUCCCCUUUAUCCUCUUCCUCAUCGUCGAAACCAAAAUCCAUUCCAGACAAGGACACUCACAGCGCCGUCUCCAGAUCUGGUGACAAAAUCGAGGUCGUGGGACUUUCUCCCCAGCAGGGAUACGCGACAAACAGCGCAGCUCCCUCCAUCAGUUUACCUGCGAGCAACGGCUUCCUCGAUACACCUCAGAGCUUGAUGAUGGAAGCUGCGCUGAUGGCUGAUAACGUUCUGGGCCAAUAUCCAUCAGACCUCUCUUCCGUGCUGGCGGACUCGAAUAUGUUUCAUUCGCUUCCGGAUUUUGACCCCGACCCCAUAGACAUGACCUUUAGCAUGACGGAUUACUCUGAACAUCCCGCCAUCGACGGCGACGGUGUCUCCCGUAGUUUGAGUAAUAUGGGACCGCUUCCCAUACGGGAGACCAUCAGUUUUGGCCUGAACGCGAUGGACACUAAUGACCCUCUGAGUGCGCCAUUCGCCGUGUCGUCUUGGGAACCCUCGCUUGCUUCGAGCGUUCCAACGUCGUCUACUACAGACCCUAAUAUGACGAUGAUGAUGAUGAUGCGCGCGCCCCCCACCACCGACAGAUCCUGUGGCUGUGUGACCCAGGCUCUCGAUCUGUUAAAGACGCUGUCGUCUGCUCAGUCGUCCCCCGCCUCCUCGAUUUCCGGCGCGAGUCGUCCGGCGCUCUCGUCAAGCAUGACCACUAUGGGCUCCGCGCAGGCGGUAUUGGUAGAGAACAAGCGCCACAUCGAGACAGUAAGCAACCUACUCUCAUGCUCUUCCUGCACCGAGGACGCCUUCCGGCUUGUAAUCAUCUCCAUGAUCGUGCUCAAGAUCCUGGAGCGCUACGCCUCCGCGGCACGGAUCCAGGGGUUCGGUUUCAGCUCAGGGGUAGGCAGCGUGGAGACUGACACAGGGCCGAGGUCAGCAAACAGCGUAAUCUCUAGCAGCAAGGACCAGAUGAGGGCGCUAAACCGUCCAUACACCAUGCCCCGGGGCGAUAGCGCCGGUGGUUACGCUCCCGCUCGGCUUGUCCUCGGCGAACUGCACCGGGUGCAAAGAUUAGUGGAUCGGUUGUCGCCAAAGCUAAGAGGUAGUAUGGAAGGCGAUGCUCGAGGCAUGGAGCACGCUAUUUGGGGCCGUCUCCAGGUAGCAAAUGGAAAUGACAAAACGCAAUCAACACCCUUUUGUUCGAAUACGUUGGCUCAGAUGGAGAGCGACAUGCGGAACAGACUCAGUUCCUUGUCUGCGGAUAUCAUCACCAGACUUGGACAGAUUAGAAUGAAUGAUUAG